AUGAUCUGCUUGGGCGACCUGGAAACAGCAGUUGCCACGUUGCGCCUCUCGUACUACCAUGCCCUGGAAAGGAUCGACUGUACCGACGAGAGCACCCUUCUUUUCCAUCCCGGCGAUCCCGACUUUGGAGGCUUUGACAGCGUCUACACCUCGACCGAAGGGUAUCAGGACUGGGUGUUUCCUCUAAGACACUACAAUCCCCGCAUGCCGGUCGAGACAUGGGUUUGGAUGGCCGGGCUAUCGUUGUUAGACUACACGGUGGGCGACUCUCAUCGCAGACUCGUUUCCAGCGACCUGGCCAGCGUCGUUCUCGGCAGUCACUGGGACAACAUCCUCGUCGUCCUCUGCCCGAGCGACCACCUCGUACCCAACAAGGCCAAGGCAGCAAAUUUCGACAACCUCCACGUAAUCCCUCAAGGGAGAACGAUGUUGAAUCGUCAUCUAACCGAGCCACUCCGAAUUACACAGACGCGCAUAUCGCCACAGCCGGGUCCUCUCGAGCUGAAGAACCUCGAAAUCAUACACCCAGUUCCCCCUGCGCCAGGCAUGUCUCUCGAUCUGGCCUAG